AUCUAAUCGUUAAAAAACUUUCCUGUUCUUGUGUAGCUGGGAUCAGUGGCACGUGCAAACAUGCCGUUGGUCUGUUGAUAUAUUGUUCAAGAAAUGAUGUGACAUGUUUCGAGGAGAUGUCCUCUACAGAUUUGCAAUGUUCUUGGAAGAGGCAGAAGCAACAAAAAAGAUCACGCCUUGACCCUGUACCCAUUCAGGAUUAUUGUCACGUUAAGAGAGUGGCAAAUCGGACAGUGUUUAGCGAGGAGGAUGCGGAGAACAUCAGACUAAAGUAUGCCUCACUUUUCCCAACUUCUAUCCUGGGAAAAAGUUAUUACAGAAAACGACAAGUUGGAAAUGGUUAUGUAACAAAUGAACCAACCUCCUCUACUGCAUUAAGCCCCUCGGAAAUGCUCCUCUCCAGUAUUUUUCACCGCAAAGUUAUAACUGACGAAGAAGUUGCUGCACUGAAAAUUGAUGAUGUAGCAGAUAAAAGGCUAUUUGAAUGUUUCAUUCAAUUGGAUUAUGAAAAAGCAAAGGAUCUGGCAGUUUCUGCAGUGAGACAAGAAGAUAAGAGAUGGAAAGAGGAAAGGGCCAGGAGAAUAACCGGUUCCAUAUGUUAUGACUUAUAUACCUACACUAGCAACAAAAAUCCUGACUGGGAAAGGAAGUUGUUAAGCCUGUUUGCACCUUCUUUUAAAGGAAAUCAAGCUACGAACUAUGGUAAGGAUCAGGACAGUGCUGCUGUUGCUGCAUAUGAAUUGGCAGCAAAAAAAAAAAACAGUUGUAAAGAUAGGGUUAAUUGUGCAUCCACAAGUUGCUUGGAUAGGAUUUAGUCCAGAUGGUUUUACAAUGAAUGGCUCUCAAUUGACGUUGUUAGAGAUCAAGUGUCCUCUCCCUGGGAAAACUCUGAACCUGACUGAAAUUUUGCCGAAUUUGUCAUAUUUAAGUUUUGACAGGAGUCUAAAUGUCUAUGUUCUGAAGAAUAAGCGCAAAUAUUAUGGACAAGUGCAAUUAGGGAUGCUGAUUUCAG